CAAAAGUCAGUCAAUUGGGCCAAGAACGAAUACCAAACGCUUGUACUUAGCGUCACCUACAGCGCUACUAGGUCCUAGCCUUGUUCAGUUAGCAUCCAUCCUGGUGUCAUGCUUGGCCGUUCCGUUUCUGGGCACAAAGUUCCCCGAGGCAUUAUUCUUGAUUUCUUGGCCCCUAGUGUUCUCAGUCCUCCACGAAGAUACGCCUCUUCCAAACGAUUAGUGCGCACCGAGCCCUCCGGUCCCGAUUCUCGACUCGCCGCUUUCCCCUUGCCCGUACACAGCAACGAUCCUGCCCAAGUCACCAAAGCCAUUAAGGAGAGACUUUCUUUCUUGAACCGGCCCGACGUCACUUCUACCCCCACCGCAGACAUAAAUUUCUUCAACGAGUCCGUUGUCAAGAUCAGGGUAGCUCUAACUAGUGGACGGGAUAUACGGAAAGUUGCGACGUAUUGGUCGGAGCUUCGUUGCAAGAAGCUCCUACGUUUGCUCGGACGGCAGAUUCGCGAUUUCUCCAAGCUUGCAGCCAAGUUAUGCCCCGAUCUUCGCCCGGGUCAAGCUUGGGAUGAAGGUGAACGAGCCAUAAUAGAAGAAAUCGCCAUAGACGCUGCUACUUACGGAGCUUUCGAAGCACUCAAGUCAUCUCUGUUAACACACGUUCGGGCACAGAAUCCUCAAGCUGCUCAUGACCUUUACAGGAGGUUCCUGGGGGCCAAGCGAAUUGCAGAUUCAUCUCUGCUCGUCAAGACUCCUUCAAACGAGACUCGUGAGCAAAGUACAGAUUUGGUGCUCAACCUUGUUCCAUCCUCUACCUCAUCUCCGGAUCAGGGAUCCAUCUUGUUGGUUGUAACGGCUGCCCAUGCACAAACGAACUCGUUUCUGGAGGCAUUGCGCAUAUUUCUCCAGUCUCCAGCGCACCUGACCGACUUCUGGAUUAGCGAGGUAACAUCGUCUCUGCGCAAUGCCGAACUGGCAAAACGAGUUCGAGAUUAUGCGAAGCGGCUCAACACAGCUCGCAUGCUUGUUGAGCCUCGUCUCAUGACAGCCAAGAUUUCGACUGCAAUUGACAAUCAAGACUUGAAACUUCUUCAGCAACUGUACCGGUCAACAUUGGAUGGUUUAGAAGGCGAACAAUCCUGCUUUGCUGCGAAGGAAGCUGACGUAUCCUCCAUACGCCCUGUCAUGGUUCAAGAUAUACAUUGGGCGGCUUUCCUUAAAGCUUUCAUCAUGUGCGGGCGGAAAGACCUUGCGGAGUCCCUUUGGGAUGAUAUGCUCCGGUUCAGUGUGUCACCCGGCAUAGUUGCAUGGACAGCGCUUCUGGAUGGAUACGAUGCCUCCGGAGACCGGAAUGCAGCCGUGACAGCUUGGGAGAGCAUGCUAGCCCAAGGCAUCAAACCUAGCAUACCAGCAUACCGUGCCAUAAUAUCUGUCUUGUUCAAUGCACGGCAGCCCAACGCAGCGAUGGACACUGUCAAAGCAUUCGAAGGGGAAUUCCCUGUCACUCCUGCCACCGACCACUCUCCAAUCCUUGCAAUCUAUAAUGGUGUAUUCCACGGACUUCUCACCAAUGGUCGAAACGAAGAUGCUCAUGCGCUCAUAAAUCGCCUCCGAACAAAUGCGCCCAAACCGGAUAUUGUCACCUACAAUACGUUCUUGCGGCAUUAUGGAAGGAAGGGAGACAUGCGAAUGGUGUUAGCUAUCUAUAAGUUGUUGGAAGAGGAUAAGCUCUCAGGCGACGUGUUCACGUUUUCAACCAUUCUAUCGGCUUUGAUGAGGGUUGGACGCACAGAUGCUGUUGACUUGGUCAUGAACAUCAUGAAAAAGCAGAACGUGGAACCGAAUGUGGCUAUCUUUAGUUCUAUCAUCGACCAGCAAAUGCGGGACCCGUCAGAAGAAGGACUCAAAGCCGCACUGGAUCUCCUGCAGCGGAUGGAAAACAAUCCCAACGCACAGCCCAACGACGUUACAUACACAAGCAUCUUGGCUGGGCUCCUCCGACGUGACACCACCGAUAUGAAGCUGACGGAGCAGUCCAUGGCUUAUAUCCGGGGGCGCAUGAAGGAGCGGAAUAUCCAGCCAAAUCGAGUGACAUAUCAUAUUCUGCUGCAAGCUUCGUUUGACAACCCCAGUCCACGAGGCCUACAAAACGCACUAGGAUACUACAGAGAGAUGGUUUCGCGAAAGAUACCCAUGAAUUACGACACUUGGUAUGUACUUCUCAAGGGGCUAUUAGAUAGGGAAGACUGGAUAGCGGCGGAUGAGGUAGUAGACGACUUGACUAAGUCCAUCAUGCCCAGGGGUGCGUUGUUGAGUAUCGUGGAGAGUAUCAAGGAUCGGAGAGUCCAUAGAUCAUUUUCCAGUCAUCGGUCUAGGUGAUGAAUUCGACUAGCUUUGCUCUGCUUCAGUGCGAAAGCCAGAACGCCGAGGCAUGUCGCCCGAGGAAAAAGGUUUUGUUGAGGCCAACCCGUAUGUAG